AUGACCGCGCCCAGCACGAUUGCGCAGAAAUUCAUCAGCCGCGGCCAUGAGCUCGGCGUCGUGGCCGUGGGCUUCUCCGGCGGGCAGUGCAAGCAGGGCGUCGACGCCGGCCCCGCGGCGCUGCUGGACGCCGGCAUCCUCGACCAGCUGCGCGACGACCUGGGCUACGCCAUCCACCACGACGGACAGGUGCACGACUACGCGGCCGUGCUGCCGGCCGAGGACCCGGACGUGCGCGGCAUGAAGCAGCCGCGCGCGGUCAGCGCGGUGUGCGAGCAGCUCGCCUCGCAGGUGUACGAGCACGCGGGCGCGGGGCGGCUGGUGCUGACGCUGGGCGGCGACCACUCGAUCGCCAUCGGCAGCAUCGCGGGCACGGCGCGGGCGGUGCGCGAGCGCCACGCCGGCCGCGAGAUGGCCGUCAUCUGGGUCGACGCCCACGCCGACAUCAACCGGCCCGAGGACAGCGCCAGCGGCAACAUCCACGGCAUGCCGCUGGCCUUCCUGACGGGGCUGGCGCGCGAGGACCGCCCCGACGUGUUUGGCUGGCUGCGCGACCACCACCGCAUCAGCUGCCGCAAGCUGGUGUACAUCGGCCUGCGCGACGUCGACCGCGCCGAGAAGGCCCUGCUGCGCGAGCACGGCAUCCGCGCCUUUAGCAUGCACGACGUCGACAAGCACGGCAUCGGCCGCGUCGUCGAGAUGGCGCUGGCGCACAUCGGCGCCGACACGCCCAUCCACCUCUCGUUCGACGUCGACGCGCUCGACCCGCAGUGGGCGCCCAGCACCGGCACCCCCGUGCGCGGCGGCCUGACCCUGCGCGAGGGCGACUUCAUCGCCGAGUGCGUGCACGAGACCGGCAACCUCGUCGCCAUGGACCUGGUCGAGGUCAACCCCAGCCUCGAGGCCGCCGGCGCCGCCGAGACCGUGCGCGCCGGCUGCUCGCUGAUCCGCAGUGCGCUGGGCGACACGCUGCUGUAG